AUGUUUCCAUGCUUAUCUAUCGAGCGAAUUCGAUUUUUGCUAUGGGAAGCAAAUGGAAAUGUAGAAGAGACAGUUGAAAUGGCAUUCGAAUUAUUAAAUGAUAGACCCAGCAUGUCAGGUGUUGCACCAUUGGAACAACAACCCAUAAACGAAGAUUACAGAAUGGUAAUUACACGGGUGAUACGUGAAAAUUGCUCAAAUGCAAAGCAUUCUAUGGCAGUAAAACAAAAAGUUAUUAUUGUAAGAUUGAAACUGAUGGUCUCUGUAGAAGGCAUUCCGAAGGAACAAAUUAAAUACAUACUGAGAAGUAUUCUGCAAAAUUGUAACUGUUCAAUUCGAUUUUUUGACGAGUUAAUACCAUGCAUUCAAGCAGCUUAUGAAGAAAAAUGUGUCGAAGUUCAUGUUGGGAUUGAACUGCCUUGUGAUAAGAGCUCAAAUCAAGAUGCACUGAUUGAAUUCACAAAAUCAUUCACUGUAGAAUCUGGAUAUGGCCUUGAAAUGCAACCUUAUAUGGAAAUACAGAAUAUCGAUCGAAUAUUAACUGACAUAAGGCCUGAUCAUACGAAUGUCGACAUACUCUGGAUAGGAAUUGGUAAUAUGCCAAAUAUGGGUUUAUUUUUCAUCCGUGGAGAGUAUGUGACAAAGUAUAAUGCAAGCAGUAAUAAAUUGAUCGUCAACUCAGUAUGUGAAACAAAAAUAAAUAAUGCUGCUGGUAACCACACACUAUUGUCUUGGGCACAUUUUGAACAUGACCGACGAUUACUAACCAUUUAUUUUGCUAUCGAAAAAGUUACCCAGGAUCAUGACGGGUUGUCAUAUAUAGGUUAUAAGUUUGUUAUAACAUAUAAUUCAUUCCAUAUGGUUAUUGUCGAUUGUGAUUCGGAUCCAGAUGAAAGAGACAAUUACAUUUAUAUUUAUUUACGACACCCUCCUCAGUUGUGGGAAGCGUUACCCCGAAUUAUGACAAAUGGAAAGAGAGUCUUGAAUAUUGAGCAAUGUCGCGAUUGGAUACGUGUGGGAAGUUUUCCAGGAAGCAAACAUUUCGCCGGUUGUUCUCAGGAGACCUUGGCUGGAUCAUCAUGGUUCAGCUUUUCGAUAUCAAAAGAAGCAGUGAAGCCGGAAAGAAUGUUCCCAGAUGAAGUACUUGAAUGGCAAAGACGCCCAUUAAAUGUAAAAUUGGCUCCAACACGUCAACUCUUUGAUAUCAUUGCACGAUGGAAAUGUCGGGCAAAGUGUCGAAUAUUUUUUGCAGCAGUCAUGAAAAUUCCACGACGAGAUAUUUCUGAUAUUCCUAUUCUAGAAUUGCCGUCAUUUAGAUUGAAUUAUGCAUUGCAAGCAUUACUAAGUAGAGGAAGCGUUGUAAAAGAUCAACUUUUUGACGUUUCGCAGCCCUCCUUGAAUAAUCUCUUUUUCGAACGAAUUAAUUACGCCGCUAAGGAAUGCUUAUUAGCUUGUGAGGUGACAUUGGAUUCUGCAUUGGCAGCUGUAGAUGAAAGACGACGCAUCUCAUUGCUUAAUUUUUUUGAAUAUAAUUAUUUUCGAAAAUUAAAUGCUUUGCGGAGGAUAUCAGAUGAUGAUGAGGCUGCAUCACUGUCGGACCUACCUCAAAAUUGUGUCCUAAUUCGGAAAGUUAUAGCAACUCCGCUACGACUUUUGCUUUUGCCGCCAGAGGUUAUGAUGACAAAUCGUGUAAUACGUCAUUUUGGAGAAGAGUACGCAUUGCGUUGUGUAUUUAGAGAUGAUAAUGGCCAGAGACUUGUACCAAAGGAAUUUACACGCGGGCGCUCUCUACAAGAUCAGUCACUAAUAAUUCCGGAUUUGGUAUACAGAAUUCUUGGAACAGGAUUACGUAUAGCGUCACGGCAUUACCAAUUCCUUGCCUGGUCUAAUUCACAGAUGCGUGAUGGCGGUUGCUAUAUGUAUUCGGAUGCCAUUGUUAAUGAUGAAGUGCAUGGUGAAGUGGUUUGUAACGUUGAAGAUAUCAGACGUUGGAUGGGUGAUUUUACAGCUUCGAAAACUGUCCCAAAAUUGAUGUCUCGCAUGGGACAAUGUUUUACGCAAGCACAACCAACAAUAAAGCUGAAAAAGGAUGAUUGGAAGGUGGAAGAUGAUAUUAUGGGUGGAAUCGUACAUCCAGAAACUGGUGAAGUUUUUAAUUUCUCAGAUGGUGUUGGGAGAAUUUCUAAAAAAUACGCUGAUCGAAUUGCUAAAACACUAGGCUUAUAUCCGACACCAUCCUGUUAUCAAGUGCGAUUUAAGGGUUUUAAAGGUGUGUUGUGCAUUGACCCGUUGUUGGAUGAAUUAGAUCAAGUUAAUAUUGUUUUCCGGAAAAGUCAAAAAAAAUUUGAAGAAGAUGACGAAAGUGCAGCUGAAGUAGAAGUAGUGAAAUAUUCAAUGCCUUCACCAGUUCGCUUGAAUCGACCAUUGAUCAUGAUUUUGGAUCAAGUUUCUGAUAAGCAAGGCCGACACUUACAUAAAAAAGUUUGUAAUCGAAUUCAUUCACUUUUAGAGCUGGAGCUUGAUAAAUUAGCCGCCAUGAUGUUCGAUGAAAAUGUCGCUACCGAGGAGCUUAGUUCACGUUUGUCACUUCCAAUUGACUUUCAUCAAUUGCAUAGCAACGGUAUUACAUUUACUAACGAACCGUUUUUCCGUUCGUUACUGACUGCCAUACAUAGAUACAAUAUAAAAUUACAUCUAAGCAAAUCCAAAAUUUUUUUACCCUGUUCAAUGGGUCGUACAAUGUACGGAGUGAUUGAUGAUACUGGAUUACUCCAGUAUGGGCAAGUUUUCGUACAAUACUCGUCGUCUAUGCAAUAUGUCUCGGCAAAGAAAAUCGUUUAUACAGGAUCAGUAAUGGUAACAAAGAAUCCAUGCCACGUAGCGGGUGAUGUUCGCAUGUUCGAAGCAGUUUAUCAGGAUGCUUUGUUGCAUCUUUGUGAUGUUAUUGUAUUUCCUCGUUAUGGUCCUCGUCCACAUUCUGAUGAAAUGGCUGGAAGUGAUUUGGACGGUGAUGAAUAUACCGUGAUAUUUGAUAAAGAGUUGUUUUUUGAGAAUAAUGAAAGGGCAAUGUUUUUUCCAAAUUCUUUGCCAACUGAAUACGGUACACCAGCCACUACGGGAGAUAUGAUAGAUUUUUUUCUGAAAUAUCUCAGCCAAGAUUCAAUUGGUCGAAUGUCCAAUGCUCAUUUGAUCAUGUGUGAUCGACUUGGCCUUUUCCACGAAGUAUGUGAUGACAUUGCCCGGAAAUGUGCCGUUGCUGUAGAUUUUCCGAAAACAGGUGUAGCAGCCAAACCGUUGCUAUCACAUGAGCAAUGUGAAGUUAUGCCGGAUUAUAUGCAAAACAUGAUAAAGCCAUCAUACAGAAGCAAGCGGUUGCUUGGUGAAUUGUACAGGAAAGCACGAAGGGUUGAAGAUAUUUCGGAAAUUGUACAAGGGACAAAAUUUGCCGAUUACUGUGAUCCACAACUUUGUGACGAAAGCUUAUUCCAUGAACAAUCGGAACUCAUUCAAGAAAGCUUACGUUUGAGGGAUGAGUACCACUCUAGAAUACAGCAAUUAAUGGAUGAAUAUGGGAUUUCUGAUGAAGCUUCUGUAAUAUCAGGACAUAGUAUGACAAUCAAAAGGAUUAUUGAAAUGGAGAAAGAUGAUUAUUCGUUCUAUAAUUCGGAUAAAAUUGUAGAAUUACGAUAUAGUCGCAUUUUCUCAUAUUUUAGGCAUGAAUUUUUCAAGGAAUUCGGAGGAGAGUCAGAUUUUCAAACAGUAGAUGCGUUCGGAAAACGUGAGAUGCGCUGGAAUGUAGCACUAAUCAGGAAAGCUAAAGCUUGGUAUACGGUUACAUAUACUAGCGCUUUCAGGUCAUCUUCUGAAUUUCGAUCUUUCCCGUGGAUCGUCUGGGAUAUUUUGCUGAUUAUCAAACGUCAAAUUGCACUUACGUUGAAAUCACCAGCGUUGUCAACAAAUCCUUUAGCGGUCCAUCUUACACGAGCAAUUGAAACUUUCUGCUACUACCAUCAUGCUUCAUUAAAACAAUUUAUUAAUGAAAUGUCAUUAGGACCGAUGCGACUUGAAGCAUUUGUACGAUAUUCUCAGAGGUACGGAUCAAAUGUUGAAAUGCUUUGUUUUGUUAUUGAUAAUUGGCUAAGAGUAGAAGGAAUAUAUGAACGUUCUGCACUGAGAAGAAUACAUACUGUCGUUUUGUUUUUACAAUUUGCUGUUGGAAUAUUACAUGGUAAACACACAUCUAAUGAGCUGAUGAAUAGGCAUCCUAUUUAUUUUGAAAAGUUGGAUGAUUUACGAGAUAAUCCAGGAACUGUUGACUUAGCAUGUAGUACUGGUGAAAUACUUUUCGCAUUUUUGCGUUAUUUGGCAAGCAGACAAUUUGCUUGCGCGAAUUUUAUACGUUUUCGAUUGGGUGGCAUGAUGAAAGGAAAGAAGGGUGCUUCAGUCUUCACGAGAUCAGAACAAUGGUCUGCCCUACAUGCUGUGGCAUUUCGUGCGUUUCAUCACAUCGCCAUAACAGCCAACUUUGAUGCUCUUCGAAUUAUGGAACAUGGUGAUGAUGUUGCGAGACACGAGUGGGAUUUUGGUGAAUCAGAUACUCCAAUAAUUGUAUCCGGUCAACUUUGCAGUCAUAAAGACCUUAGUUUGCAACGAAUCAAUGCUGCACUUAAGAAAUGGUCUGGUGUAUAUGAAAUAAUGAGUCGUGCGACGAGAUACGAGCAGUUGCUAAUUACCUGUACCGGAAGUAUCUUGGCUCGACAGCGACUGCAUCGAAUAUUGUUGAUGGAACCGGAACGUCUCUUUGAUGCCGUACUAACGGAUACAAUGCCAAAAGAGGCCAGAGAUGAUUUCUUGUAA